AAUCGAAAAGUCGAGGGCGCGGUAACUGCGAUUAUCGCUCGCGGCUGUCGCGAUUUUAUUAGUGAACGCGUGUGCAAAACGUGAAACCAGUUUCUCUCCAUAGGAAAGAAAGAGUCGAUACAGAUACGGGGCAAUAUUUCUACAAGGUAAUACACUUAACGUAACGCGAAACGAAGCAGAAAAAAAUAGGGUUGAUGCAAUAAUGCCGCGUGACUUUUCGUCGUAUGCCCCGUUGCCCUCGGUACUUACACUUUUAUCCAUCCCCGACGUAUCUUUUUCUCCGAGCAAUGCUAUCGAUAAUAGCGAUCUAAACCUACCGUUUUCACAGAAGCGAACGUACGAUCGAAGAAACGGUUGUACGAUUAACGUUAUUCUUGCCAAAAAUUGCAACGCUAUCGCUUCUCGAAUUCCAGUGUGCGCACGCACACCACCGAGGUGCGCACAUCGAAAUGCGCACGUUCCGCGAGGCGGUAUCAACGCGCGAACGCGGCCAUAAUGCACGCUCACGUAAGGUACAGCCGAGUUCUUCAUUAUCGUCAGGGGCCUAAAUUGCGUGGGCGUACCUAUACCUUCGUACACGUUACUUACCUUGAUGUACUAUACCUAGUACCUUGUACGCACACACUGUUACGAUCGCGUAGGGACGCGCGUUCGUUGAAUACGCGCACAAAUCCGUAGCCACAGGUUCGAGUGGCGAACGGUGCCGAAGUUGGUCGAAGCCGGCCGAACGCCGCGAAGCCGGUUGUCGCGCUCCUCGCCAGAUGCGAUGUCGAGUCAGUAUCGCGUCAGUCCUCCAGCGGAAUUGGUCAGUGAUCUGUGUCAGAGCAGGGCCAGUCGUCACUCUCCUUUUCUCUCCGCCGGUUAUUUCGUCUUUUUCCCGACAUUUUCCCGUCCGGCGCACAUCGAAAUACGAAACGGUGGUUUCACGUGAUUUUCUCGUAUUUGUCGCCUCGGCUCGCGAACGCAUCCCCUUUUCGUGGUCUCGGGAAUAUACGCCCGGUAUAUCUACGUAUACUUGUAGCAGUUAGAUACGUAUAGUACACAUACAGUAAUACAGUGCCAUAGUGGAGUUACCAGUGGGGAAAACAAAAAUUAGUUUGCAAGCGGACGUGCCUCACGGCGACCGUCGUUCACCACGUUCUGGAUCGGAGGCAGUGGGAGCAGGAGGCGAUAGAAAAUCGAAAGGAUCGACCACGAAAGGAGGAGAGCGCUAAUAUUGUCGAUGGAGCAUAGAGGCGAUCGGCAGUAGCGGCACCCUAGCAGUCGAGGGGCCCUGAGCGGGGGGCCCCUGGAUCGGUCGCGAGAAAGCUGGGCGGCGUUGUAGCGCGGCGAUGGCCGCGACCGACGGUCAGAUCGUGGUUGCGGCGGCACGCUGGGCCGAGGAAGCGACCUACCUUCGCGAAUUCGUCUCCAAGUAUCGUCUGCCGGCUGUGAUCAAGAUCACGAAGGGCCAGUACGGUGGCCUCGGUGUGCCCACCCUUCCCGCGCCCAGCCUGCAGAGCACGGCCCUGCUCGUGUCGGCGGGCCGCAGGCGAAAGAUCGUUGCCCAGGCGGUGAAGAUCAAGGAGGGGCGGCGAGUGGUCGGGGUCGGGCCCAGACUCGCCAUCCCCGACUCGUACGCGGGCUACUUCGAGAUUCUGAGCGAGGAGGGGAGGGCGGUCCGUGGUAUAGAGUCGGUGAACGAGCUCUCCCGACGAUGCCCCGAGGAGGGGGCCCUGGUGCGGGAGACGGUGCGCGGGAUAGCGUGCAGGGUGGACGACGAGUCGGGGAUAGUGGUCCCGGAGGGGACCAGGACCCUGGCCGCGGGCGAGACGAUCGUGACGGCCGGCGAGGUGAGCCUGCCCGGCCGUGGAAGAUUUCUCCGUUGCGUGGACUGUCGGGGCGAGAGCGUCCUCCUUGCCAUGGAUCAGCGGGGCCGUUUCAGCGCGGUGGCGCGCGAGGACAACAUAAGCGGGGUGCACACGGCCCGCGCGUUGCUCAGCAAGCGUCUCCCGCUCACCGUGAGGCUGGUGCACGGCCAGCCGCCUAGGGGUCUCAAGUCGUCGUCCCAGUUCGUGCCCGAGCUCAGGCUGUUGUCCACGUUCGAGGAGGAGCACGUGUUCGCGUUGCCGUUGCAGAGAGAGGGGGCCGCGGUCGCGUUGCCCCUGGCCGCCCCUUUGAAGCUGGUGAAGGCGCGGAACGAGGACGCGUUGAGAUCGAUGCAGGAGUUCAGCAGGCUGGUGGAGCGCGCGUCCCGGCUGGUGGCCGACGUGGCCGACCGGGCCCACGUGCUGGACGGCCGGCUGGGCGAGAGCAAGCAGGCGAGCAGGCAGACGAGGGGCGGGUCCUCGGGCUUCCUCAGGCGAUCCGCGAAUUCGGGGGACAGCAACGGGGCCCUGGCCCAUCACAGGGGCGGCAACCCGGCCACCCAUCACCAUCAUCACCAUCACUAUCACAGCAACCAGCAGCAGCCCGCCGCCCAUUCGGGUUACAGGGACGAGAACCGCGUCCCGCCCUCGGCGUGCACCGAGGAGUACGACGAGAUCGAUCAGAUUUACGACUACGUGCGCGGUUUCGCCCCGUUGCCGAAGAGCGUCAGGUCCCCCUACGAGAGCCCGCUGCCCCAGGGCUCGUCCUCGAGCCCACCCCUGACCCCAGUCACCGUGACCAUCGCCCCGCUCCUCGACGACAGACCGGAACCACCCCCGAUCGAGACAAUACCGACCAAGAAGAUCCAGGCCGAGAAGAGGACGAGGCGCGCCGUGAAGGAGGCGCCGCAGCCGAGGGCCGAGAAGCCGCCUUUGGCCAAGCUUUACGUGAAGAACAGCGGCACCCAGAGGGGCCGCCCUCUCAUGAGGCAGAAGAGCGCCUCCCCCUUGAAGGAGACCCCCCCGGGAUACAAGGGGGGAUCACCUCUCUUCAACAUCAGAUACAAGAGCUUGACGAAUCUGCAACAGGCCAUGGAGCUGGACGGGACCCUCGACUCCAGCCACUCGGGGGGCAGGACCUCGGGGGACUCUGGUGCUGGUGCUAAGCUGCCGGAGAAGAGAUCGAGGCGUCUAAGCAGACCCCGCUCGUUGACGAAUCUGGUGUGGGAGCUACGCGGCGGAAGUGGCCUCGGCUGCGCGAGACCGGAAACCCCGCCACCAGCCACAGCGGCACCCCUGCCGCCGACCAAAUGCGGACCACGCCUGGCCGUCACCGUGGUGGCACCCCGACGCGUUAGCACGCUCUACCUCUAACUCAUUCGAACCGACGAAGGGCUAAAGAAGGCAAAGAGCGGUCCGGAUGGGGCGUCGAGGAUCUCCGAGAUGUCUUCGAUUAAUCAAAAAACUCGUAGCUCAAGCAAGGACGGAAGGACGGAUCUAGGAUCCGUCGAAGAUCCCACCAUUUGUCCUCCUUUUUUUUUUCUUCUUUUUGAUCCAUCGCAGCCGCGACCAUCAAUCUGACCUUUCGAAAUAUCCAAUUUUCGCAUUGGAUCGCGAGAGAAACGAGGGAGGAAGAGGAGGAGUCGCUAACAGGAUACUGCUGCGUGCUUUCCACGCGGAUCGUCGAUCGAAACUUUGGAUUCAACUUGAAGACGACGGAUGAAGCUUACUCAAAGGAACCGAAAAUGAAAGACAACGCUCGCAAUUCGUAAUCCAUGAGAAACAUCUCAAAAUCCGAGUUUUUUUUUGAUCGAAGCUAAAAAGUAAACGAUGAAAGACGACGAAAAAAUUUUGCACAAUUGAUCUUUGAAUCUUUCUUUUUCUUUUUUUUUUUUUUUAUUAAGCUUCAAAAACGCUCGGAGCAUUUUUCUAAUGGAUUGCGAAAAACUGGAAGAAAAUUCAUUCGAUUCAUAACGAGGUAGCGUUAUUUUCGAAACGAGAAUGAACGAGCAGAUUCAAAAUGGUCCAUUGAUCGAUGAAACCAAUAUACGAGGGAUAAUGAAAUCGCUUCUCGCAAAGAAAAAAAAAAAAAAAAAAAAAAAAAAGAAUAGUAAGCGGUAGAAAAUACGAUAUCGGAUUCUAGAAGCGAUACUGGAUAGCGUGGAGAAUGCGAAAAAUCAUGGGAUACAAUCAUUAGCAGAGAGAUACGUGCUAACACGCGCCGUUAGUUAAUCUAAUAGGAAGCGUAGUUAAGGAUUAUAAAUGCCAUAAUAAUGACCAACUUCUUGUGGUUGUACUUAAGUCAUAUCUUUAUACUUUACUAUUUUACGUUUAAGGCCAAUUAAGUAUGUAAGUUGCAUAAUAUUUUACUAUCGGAAUAUCUUCGAGUUAAUUGCUAGGCAUUUAUUUCUUUAUCUUUUUUGUUUGUUAUUUUUUUUUUUUUCAUCGCGAUGGUUUCCGGUACCGGAAGUGAUUAUAUUCCGUGACGAUAAUCGUCGACACACUGGACACAGAUGUAAUGAAUUCAUCAUUUCUUUUCCUUCCUUUCUUCGUUGAAAGGGAGCUUCUUUCUGAUGAUGAAUAUAUUCGCCUUUCGAGAAACUCGACAAAUUGCCAAUCGUUUGUCAUACACAGCUACGUUUUGAAGUUGGGCGAACAUUCUAUUCUUGUUAUUUACAGAGACCGAUGAAAUAUUAACAAAUUAUUCUUUUGACUUUCAUUUUUUUUUUUAACCUCGGUCGAUCACCGAGUAAAAAUUCGAAUGUGCAAUGGAUUUGUUCUACGAUCUGUUGUUAGUCGGUACGUACUUACGUUUCUGCGUCCAGUACUCUGAACGGAAUCGUCGAAGGCCUGUGACACCCGACAAUUGCGCAAAAGAACCGCUUAAACGAAGUCUUUAUCGGAAAUCAGGUAUCGAGACCUGUCGGUUAACAGUCCUGGCCAGACCCAGCGUCUCUGGACCUUGGUCUUUUGUGAUUAUUAUUUAAGUAGGUUUUAAGCGUAUGAUAGAUUAGCUAAAGUUUUACAAUGUUUCUAUAUAUUCUUUUCAAAAAAACUUCGUUUCGCUUUUAUCCUUUUUUCUCCCGUCGAUGAAAUUUUGCGAGCGAUAAAUAAUCAGCGAAACCAUAAACAAUGCGAAUGUAGGU